UAUUAUCAGUGUUGUCUGUUGUGACGAGUAACUUAUUAUUUUCAACCAGUUAAACAGAUAAACCCACAUCACUGGAGUUAGUGUUGUGAUAGUCUUCAUAAGCAGGUCUGUGAUUGAGAAUAUAUUGGUCAAAGGGCACUAAUGGCACUUGCUUUCAGAUCUGCGUUCAGAAAACAGGGUCUGUUCGUACCUUUCCUGAACGCUGUUAAAGGAAUGUCUUCAUCAGCAGGGCCCACCCCCCCCUUCACAACCCUGUCAGUCAGCCGGCCGGUUGACACCAUCACUCACGUUGAGAUCUGCCGUCCGGAGAAACGCAAUGCGAUGAACAAGGCAUUCUGGCUUGAAAUGGUUGACUGCUUCAAUCAGAUAGCUGAAGACUCAGAGUGUCGUGUCGUGGUUUUCUCAGGCGCUGGAAAGCUUUUCACUUCCGGUAUUGACCUCAUGGGCAUGGCCAGUGAUAUUCUACAGCCUGAAGGAGACGACACAGCCAGGAUCUCAUGGAACGUGCGCCGCAUUAUAGCUAAAUACCAAGAGACCUUCUCUGUUAUUGAAAAGUGUCCAAAACCAGUGAUUGUGGCCGUUCAUGGAGCAUGUAUAGGUGGAGGAGUUGACUUAAUCACAGCAUGUGAUAUUCGACUGUGUACACAGGAUGCCUGGUUUCAGGUCAAGGAGGUUGACAUUGGCUUGGCAGCUGAUGUUGGGACUUUGCAACGUCUCCCCAGAGUGAUUGGAAGUCGAAGUCUAGUAAACGAGUUGGCUUUCACUGCAAGGAAGCUGUACGCUGAUGAAGCCAAGAGCUGUGGAUUGGUCAGUCGUGUGUUCCCAGAUAAAGAGACUAUGAUGGCCGGAGCAUUGGAGAUGGCAGGAGAGAUUGCCAGCAAAAGUCCUGUCGCAGUGCAGGGAACCAAAGUCAACCUCAUUUACUCCAGAGACCACAGUGUUCCAGACGCCCUGAACUACAUUAACACCUGGAAUAUGAGCAUGCUUCAGACCCAAGAUUUAAUGAAGUCAGCGCAGGCAGCGAUGGAGAAGAAAAACCUCAAAGAAAUUAUUUUCUCCAAGCUCUGAGAAGACUCUCACAAGACCUGCUGAGUUAGAUUUGAUCUGCUCUCUUAGCUAAAGCAUAUCUUGCGAUUACGUAUUUCAAGAACUCUUUUGGUUUGGUGUUGUCUUUCUAGGACUGGUUAAUUAAAAAGAAAGUCUGAUUUAAUAUUUUCUAUGGGUGCCUUAAAUUCUGGCUCACAGAUGUCAGAUAAUUAACCAAAAAAUGCUAAACGCUCAGUGCUGAAUGCACAAUAAAAACUAAAUAUGUACAGGUACUUUAUGAUUCAUGGUUUGGCUAUUUGUACCUCUAUUAUUUGCCAGUUUUCUGCAUUAACUGAUAUGAUGUUAGAAUGUGUAUCAAUUGUGAUAAUAUUUUUGCAUCUCAAUAAAAAAAAAUAAUACUAAAA